GAGCCCUAAAACCAGCUGAGUUUAUCUUAGCAAGGAGUGUGAUGAUGUCAUCCCAGGAAUGCAGUUAAGGUUUGGUCCUGCUGUAGAAGAACCUGAGGAGAGUCACAAACCGGCUGUCAUAAAUGAGUGGACCAGGAACGGGCAGGAUGUCCAGCAUGAUGGGAGUUCCCCUGCUCAGAAGACUGCCUUUUGUCUGAUUUCCAGGAUCACGCACACAGAGGCUAAACUGUGGAUGCUGAGUAGCCCGGAACCAAGAGCAACAGACCCCCCCUCCCCCGUCAUUGUGCCUCCUCCUCUGCUCUGCAGAUCUGCCCAUACCCUGCUGGAACCAGCAAUCAUGCCGGACACACCCGUGGAGGACUCCCUCUUCCAAAUCAUACACUGCUUCCACCACUACGCUGCCCGGGAAGGGGACGUGGAGACCUUGUCCCUGGAGGAGCUGAAAGCCCUGCUCCUGGACAGUGUGCCUCGCUUCAUGGACACCUUGGGCCGCAGGCAGCCAUACUACAUCACGGAGCUGUUCCGGGCGGCUGACAAAAACAAGGACAACCAGAUCUGCUUUGAUGAGUUCCUGUACAUCUUGGGCAAACUGGUGAAGGACUACCAUCUGCAGUUCCACCGGCAGCUGUGCGCACACUACUGUGUCCAGCACAGCCUCUACUAGGGGAGGCCAGACAGUCUUUCACCACUGCAGUCUGUCCCAGGAAGCAUGGCCUGACUACGAACAGCUUACAAAACGCAGCUAUGUAUUUCUUCUUAUGUGUGCGCACAUGUAUACAAAUAAUAUCACAAAUAUUCCUGGGACGUACCCAGGGCAUGGUUCUGGGUAUCCAUGAAUGUUCAGUAAAAGAAGUUUAGUCUU